AUGGAGAAACCAUCGAAGCUGAGAAGCAAGUUGAUGAGGUUUCUAAUACCACAUGCCGCAUCAGCAGUAACAUUCCAAAGCCCACCUCUUAGUCCUGGAAAAGCGGUUGCCACGCCGAGAGGAUCCUCCAGUCCAUCCAUAUCAAUAAUCCCACCGGAGGUUCAAAGAAAGCCGAAGACUGCAAGCUUCGACGCACGAGAGCCCACAUCGCCGAAAGUCUCGUGCAUGGGCCAUGUCAAGAACACGAAGAAGAUCAAAAGAAAGCCUAAGCGGGUUUCAGUUUCACUCCCACCACCUACGCAAGCAACGAUGCGAGUUUCUUGUCGUGGCCGGAUGGCUAAUGUUUUUUUCUACCAUGAGAAGCAAACAGUUCCGGAUCAAGCGCCUUCUUUGGGUCAGAUAAAGCGGUUUUCAAGUGCACGUGCCGGGGCCUUGUCGAACUUUGAUUGGAGGACUUCUGAUGCAGUGGUGGUGCUCGAUUCCCUGAAUGAGAACUGCUCUUCAGCCUGA